AUAGUCUACCUCCCGGUCCUUUGCCAUUGCCUGUGUUGGGAAAUAUAUUAGCAUUUAAAACUCAAGAUCAUUGGGACGAUGUUUUCCGACAAAUGUCUAAAAAAUACGGUCCAGUAUUUACUGUACAUAUCGGCAAUACUCCACAGGUUAUGAUCACUGAUGUGGACAUCGCUAGAGAAGCCUUUCGUAAAAAUGAUUUCGCGGGAAGACCUGAAUCUUAUUUCGGAAGUUAUAUGUCAAAUGACAAACAAAAAGAUGUUAUAUUUACCGAUUACGGCCACACUUGGGAAGCAUUGAGACGUGUGGCUCACGCGGCCGUACAAAAAUAUUCAGUUAAUGAUAGAUUAAUUAAUGUGACCGUCGAUUGUGUUGAUAAAACAGUGCAAACAAUGUUAACAAAAGAGGGUACAAAUACACCCAUAAAAGUCAUUGAUUAUAUAUAUCAUAUGUUUCUGAAUAUAUUGGCGGACAGCACUUUCGGACAAAAAUUUAAUUAUGAUGAUCCCGAGUUUAAAUUACUGAGCUAUGGAUUACGUGAUUUUGCAAUGGAGGCGGGAUCCCAUUUCUUUUUAUGGGAAUUUUCACCACUAAUACGAUUGUUGGACUAUAAGAUGGUAYGCAAACUAAACAAAGUAGAGUAUCAAAUGCAGGAUAUUAUGAAAGAAAAAUUGARAAAUCAUUACAAAGAUUAYAAUCCGAGUAUUGAACGCGAYUUUUGCGAUGCACUCAUUUCGGCUAAAAAUGAUGCGCUCCGGGAGGGAAAAGAGUCGGCACCSUAUCUGACUGAUCCAAAUUUGGCGAUAACUAUAUAUGAUCUUUUCAUAGCAGGAACUGAUACCUCACAAAAAACAUUUCAAUGGUUACUAUUAUUUUUAUCUUAUUAUCCAAAUUUACAAAAUAAAUUACGAGAAGAAAUUGAGUCGCAAAUCGGUGACMRAAUACCAACCCAUGAGGACAGACAGCGAUGUCAUUAUGUGAUGGCAUUUAUAUCGGAAACAYUAAGAUUGAGAAAUGUCGCCCCAUUUGGUGUGCCUCACAAAGCWGUAGUCAACAGUAAAAUAGGUGAUUACACAAUACCCGAAGGUAUACCUGUGUUUGUAUAUCAGGGAAUUAUAUUGAGAAGCGAUGACAACAAAUAUUGGCCUAAAGCUAAUGACUUCAYACCCGAGCGCUUUCUCGACAGUGACGGACAUUAUAUGACAACCCGUUCGCCGGCAUUCAUACCCUUUGGUGUGGGACGUCGUGUAUGUUUGGGCGAGAAGUUGGCCAUCGCUGACAUAUUUCUCGUUUUGGUCCGAUUUCUACAAUUGACACAAAACUAUAACAUUGUUUUGGACAGUCAUAAUGGUAUUCUACCCGAUCCUAAUAAAAGUGCUGCUAUGGAUCCAUUUGAUUAUACGAUUAAAUUGAACAAAAUUAAACACUUAAUAACAAUGUCUAUAUUGACAAAAUUAUUUUCUUGGAUUGUCUCGGAUUUUUGGACAACAAUAUUGACAAUAUUUAUAGCUUAUAUGGUCUACAAAUUGGCUAAAUUUUAUUAUCGAUACUACAGUCUACCUCCCGGUCCAUUUCCAUUGCCAGUGUUUGGUAAUAUUUUAGAAUUCAAAUCGAAACUCCAUUGGAAUGAAGUUAUGCGAGAAUURGCCAAAAAGUAUGGACCGGUUUUUACCGUACAUAUGGGAAACACUCCUCAAGUAGUCAUCAGUGAUGCCGAUAUCGGUAGAGAAGCUUUUAGGCGAAAUGAUUUUGCGGGACGGCCUACAAGUUUUAUAAGUAGUACUUUAUCAAAUGAUAAGUUUUCGGAUAUAGUGUCCGCCGAUUAUGGCCACCAAUGGGAAGCCCUGAGACGUGUGGCACACGCGGCCGUACAAAAAUAUUCAAAUAAUGAGCGAUUAGUUAAUGUAGCCGUGGAUUCAGUGGACAAUACAAUUAAGUCAAUAGUGGACAGUGAGGGCACUGACAAACCAUUUAUACCGGAAGUCUAUAUCUAUCUUAUGUUUCUCAAUAUUUUGGCCAACAGUACGUUUGGAGAAAACUAUACUGUGAACGACCCUGAGUUUAAACAAAUCAAAUAUAUUGUACGUGAUUUCACUCAGGAAAUGGGAACUCGGUUUAUGUUUUGGGAGAUAUCACCACUAUUUCGAUGGAUUGACAAUAAGAUGGUUAACAAACAUAAAUCACUUUUGGCGGAUGUUUUUGAUUUAAUGGAAAAGAAAUUGCAAAAGCAUUACAAAGAUUACAAUCCAAGUAUUGAACGAGACUUUUGUGAUGCACUGAUUGCGGCUAAAAAUGAUGCGCUCCGGGAGGGCAAGGAAUCGGCACCUUAUCUUACUGAUGCUAAUCUGCGAAUGUGUAUCUUUGACUUAUUUGUUGCCGGAACCGAUACAUCAUUUAUGACAUUUCACUGGAUUUUAUUGUUUAUGACUUAYUAUCCAUCGAUGCAAACAAUGUUACGACAAGAGAUUGAUACACAAAUUGGUGACCGAUUGCCGACACAUGAAGACAGGCAUCGAUGUCAUUAUGUUAUGGCAUUCAUAUCGGAAACACUGAGAUUAAGAAAUGUAGUUCCCGUUGGUCUUAUGCAUAAAGCAAUGGUCAACAGUAAAAUAGCUAAUUAUACGAUACCUAAAGAUAUGUCUGUUGUUACAUAUCAGUCAAUUAUUUUACGGGAUAAUAAACAUUGGGAUAAAUGCGACGACUUUAUACCCGAGCGCUUCCUCGACAGUGAUGGCAAAUACAUGACAACCCGUUCGCCGGCAUUCAUACCCUUUGGUGUGGGACGUCGUGUAUGUUUGGGCGAGAAGUUGGCCAUCGCUGACCUGUUUCUUGUUUUGGCCCGAUUUCUACAAUCGACUCAAAACUAUGAUAUAGUUUUGGACACUAAUAAGGGUAUUCAACCCGAUCCUUCUAAGACAAUGGGUAUUAUUCCCGAGGAAUAUAAAAUUGUUUUUAAAACUAAAUCCAGAUAA